AUGGAAUUAGUAAAAGAGAAUCCGGAGAAAUAUUAUGCUUUUGGCGAGGAAAUUGGAAGGUAAAUAUACGUUUCUUAAAGUCUUUUUUCAGAAUUCAUCAAUUGGAACCGAGCUUAAAGUGAUUUGAUUUAAACUCACACAAAAAUUGCAACUAUUAAUGACUUGAAUGAUUGUGAAAUGUAUCUCUUGCGAUUUACGAGAAAAACUAACCGCUAAAGAAGGUUUUAGCACGCCUAAUUCCACUUAGAAAAUGUUUGACACGGUUUGCAUGCAAAAUACUUUGUUUUCUCUUUGUAAGUAGUGUGUGUAAAGUUACAUUGAGAAGUGACGGUAAGGUCGCGUCGAAUUUGUUUAUACUUCAUGGACACAGGAACCUCAUACUUCCGCCAAUGAUGGAAUUUACUGCAAGCUUUUUUUCAGUAAAUGAAUAUAUUUUCAUCUUCUUAACUUCCUCAUCGUACAAUUCACGCUUUAACUUACCUUGGAAUUAAGCAAUUUCUUGAUGCCUAGAGGACGUCUAUAUAAUUUGUUAGGGCUGACUCCUCUCGGAGGUUUAGCCCUAUUCUGUUAUAUUUGUAUUUACUCCUCUUUUUCUCCUUCGAUCAAAAUGGCACCUUUCGUAUGCCUAUAGAAGCCUUUCUACAACUUACUUAUUCUUUAAAGAUGAUAAAAAAAAAAAUCCAGAGGGGAUGGGCGGUGGGAGGUGGUUGGCUUCCAUCACAGCUUUUGAGCAUCAAGUGUGUAAAAUUCCUAUAUGGAUUUUUUUAUUCGAUAAGUGUAACAAUAUUUGAGCAUGAAACUUUCUUUUUCGAGGAAGAACCGAAUAUUUUGAAGCAAUGCAGCAAAGGAAAACUAGACCUCAUUGUGUUUAUACAACUGUGAAGUUUGCGCAGCUCUUACUAGCUGGUCACGUUUCUCCAUUUACCGUUUUAUGUUGACCCCAGGGUCGCCAUAAUCAAUCUUUGUGGCUGUUUUCUUUUAGAUUGCAGGAUAUCCUUCCUAAAAGGGAAAACAUUAACCUGUCUUGUAAAUGGAAAGGUCCGACAACUUAAGCCACUUCUAUUUUUCUGGCGCGGAGCAUUACCAUCUGGAAUUUACUUGAAAUACUCAUUUGCAAUUAACUCUUUUAAACCGAAUCAUUUUAGUAUAUUAAUGUGAUUGACAACAGACAGGAAAUAAUUUUAAGUCUCAAAAGUUUUGUUUUUAAGACAGUAGUUUUCAUAAACAAUUUAAUGGGAUAAAAUAUUUUCGAAGAUGGCACCCGAUAUCAUGGAAGACCUUUUCAAAGUUAAAUUCUCGACUAAACCACCAAGAUAAAAAUGCUUAAAAUACAUCUCUUUUUAAUUUUCAUUCAACAUGUCUGUGUUUUAAAAUUGGAGAUGUUUACUUAUUGCAAAAUUACUAACACGACGUAUGGAAGGCAUUCGUUUUACAGUCCUACGAAGAUGUGCCGCUGGCUCUUCGAGACUCUUUUCCUUUAGAGCUCAAGACAAGAGAACAAUAAAAGGGCCAUCUUGUCCAAAAAAGGUGAUAACCAGUUCCAGAGUCAAAGUGGCAAAAGGUAUAACCUCUUGACUGGCACAUCCCCGUAUAGCCCACUCAGGCAUGAGACUGAGUAAUAAUUGAUACAAAACCCAGCAGAGUAGCUGUAUCGAUCCUUAUUGUUUUUCAAGAACCAGUCCUAUGCCAUUUCGCUUUAUUAAAAAAACCUUUCAUUUGACCGAUCAAUUUUUGCCAAACCAAAUUAAGCUCCUAAAGACCUCCUCAGCGUAUAAUUCUUUCUUAACAAUAUCACCAGGGGCCAAUCACCCUCCCUUAUAACCCUCCCUAGGUUCUCUCUCUCCUCUGCAGAGGCCGCUUUGCAUCGUAAGGAGGCUGGGGAGAGGGGAAAAAAAUCCUCUUCCCAUCGUCCCCUGCGCUUUUCCUAUUUUUUCAUUAUUGUCAUUUUUAUCGGAACACCCAGCGGGAGAUUCGGCGGAGAAGAGAGCCUAAUGUUGGCUUCUUAAUUCUGGCGACAGGUGGAUCAAAAACGAUUCAGCCCAUAGCCUGCGUAGCUGGAAGGAUUCUUGUGCCCGUGGUAUUUUCUUUUUUCUCGGCGGUGGAGCCUGUACGCGAAGUGAGCGGUGAAGCUGCGAGGGCCAAUCUCGCCAGCUACGCAGGUUACGGCCCUACGGAAAGCGGGUUGCAAAUAUUGUAUCUUCUUUAAGGAAAGGGCAAUGGGGAUAUGGGGCGCAUGAAAACGCGCGCAUCCUAUUUCCACUUUUUCUUAACUUUCAAAAGUCUGCCACGCAGGUUAACGUCAAAGUGAUAUGGGCAUCCCCGCAUUUUGGGCAUCCCCAUUCCCUUAAAGCCCUAGAGUUAUGAAUAUCCCCUGUAACCCUAACCCUAACCCAAAUCGUUAAGGUGAUAUGAGAAGGGGAUGCCCAUAUCACUAGGGUUUUGGGAAUGGGGAUGCCCAAAACGCGGGGAUUCCCAUAUGCUCCCCCCAGGUUGCUGUCAGUCAGCUCAACCAAUUAAGGAGCUUUAGCAAAGACGUUUUAGAACCACGAAUGAAAACCGGAAGUGGACUUUUUGCAUUCUUGAGACGUGGUUUUUCUUAUUUUCUGAGCGAAUCCUUUCUACAGGAGUAAGGAGACCCAGCAAUACAAUUAAUUUUGGUAGUGUUAAUACAUAUUGAAAGGCAAAUGGCCUCACUUUCUGUUGAAGUUUGUCGCUAAUAAAACGUCUCUGCUUUAGCUCCAUAAAUAUGACUUAAAAUUCAUUUAACAGAGGAAAGUAUGCGGUGAUCAAAACAUGCUCUGCUAAGAAAACAGAAAAGAAACUUGUAGCCAAGCUGAUCAAAUACGAGUCUGAAACUGAAAAAAAUGCCAAGCAAGAGUUUGACAUCAUGAAGACAUUCAAACACGACAAGCUGUUGAUGGCCAAGGAUGGAUACAUCGUUCAAAAAUACGUCGUGAUUUUAAUGGACCAGUAAGUAUUAAUAUUCGCAUCCUCUUUAAAAAGGGAUCUUAGUAGAAUAUGAGUUAGGAGCUAUAGCAUCAUUCUAAUGAUCAGCGCCUCUUUUGUCUUUGGCUAGUUAGGGUCUUAGCACACUCACUCUGUAGCAUCCAAUCUGGGUGAUAAAAUAUUUACCCUUAUCUGGCGAAGGACAGAAGAAAGAAUAUGUCCAGUUUGUAAACUAGAAAUGGAGGAUGAAUAUCACUUUUUAAAUGUAUGUUCCGCUUACCAGGAAAAAAGAAACGUGAUCCUAUUCGAUAACUAGAAAAAUGAUCAUCUUAUAAGAGUGAACGAAAUGUGUCACCAAAUGAAAUAUUCAGAUUUUUAAUAAAUCCCCCUUACGAGAAGCCUGAACCCAAAAAUUGAUAACGUAACAUGUGUUCGAGUGUCUGUCUGUAUGUAAAUAUCACUAUUUGUAAUAACUUGUUAUGUAUAAUGCUAUAAAUAGCUUAACAUAGAAGAUUGUAAUUUUAAAUUAUUUGGAAAGUAGUAGAUGUACCAGGCGGUGUAAGAUUGUCUAUUUACCAUGUCUCUAUUUAGUACGGCUGUGGCUCAGUGUUACUGAAAAUUGAAAAUGACCCCGUCUAAUGGAUUUAUGACAAUAUGUCUGCCUAAUGCGAGCAAUUUAACCUACGCGUGUAAUGUUCCUAUUAUCUGAUAAGAGUCGAAGGCAAAGAUGUACUUGAAUUCCUUGGAGGAAGAUCCAAAGCCAGUGAAGAGGAUGCCUCGUUAAUAAUUGCACAACUUAUUGAAGCACUAACCUACUUGCACAAGCAGAAUAUUGUACACCUUGAUAUCAGGGUAAGACAUUGAUCUCUUGCAAUCCAGUUACCUCCUUAGCUGAGCUAGCUCUCGUUUGUCGCGAGGUAGAAGCCUUGACUGGACCACCAAGGGGGUAAUAGGUUAUUUCUGAGUUCCAAAAACUGUCAUUUUCAAAAUGAGGCCAGGUGCAAAAACGUUCUUGUAUGAGUUUCAUUUGCAUGGCAACUCGGAAAUGACCUAUUGGAACUUUUUUCAUUUUCAUUGAUUUUUUUCCCAUUCCAUCGUAAAUAAUACAAGAUAAAUCACGGACAAACGUCAAUGCCGUCAGUCAUUGAAAGUUUACAAUAGGUGAAAGAAAGGCUAUUUAUUUCCGAGUUCCAGAAACUCUCAUUUUCAAAACGAGGCCAAGUGCAAAAACGUUCUUGUGAUAAUGAGUUUUAUUUGCACGGCAACUCGGAAAUGACCUAUUGGAAGAUCAUUACAUUUUUAAAAUAAGUUUGUCAGAAAGAAGCAAAAACUAAAAAAUGGAAAGGAGGGAGGCUCAUCUCGGUCAACUAAUAUUGGGCCCCUAAAAUAACAUAGAAAUAUUGUAGGUGCUAAUAAAUAGGCAAAGAUAAAACCGUUAAAUUGCAGAAUAGACGAGACAAAAAACAUGGCCGUCUUUCUCGUUGGCCGCUGACCAAGUAUAAAAAAGUCGGGUUAGAGAGAAAGCAAGGAUUAGACGACCUCCUGUGCGGGAGGUCCGGAGUUCGAUUCGCAGUUGUGACCUCAAAUCUUUGUUCCUACUUUGUUCCUUUCUUUGACGCUUUAAGUAGCUUUAAUAUCUGUAAAGCGGAGCAUUAAUGAUGAGAGAGGGAAAAAUGUGCACACCAGCGGCCUGCGGUGUUUGUCUAAUGUAAUGAUGCAGAAUGGGGAGUGAUCCUCAAACUAAGCGGUUGAAAAAGAACCUGAAAAUUAAUUCAGGCUUGACCGGGAAUGGAACCCUGACCUUGCGAUGACCGAACGCAACGCUCUAUUCAUUUAGCUAAUCAAGCAAGCUGUAGACCAGGCCAUUGUGAGUUCGUAAUAUACCCGACAGUGGAAAUGACAUGAAUGGAGAUAUAUGAAGUGACUCACAUUUUGAACUGCGCAUAAAGACAUGAAAGUGGAAAUGAUCCUCGUAGUUGAAUAAACGACCAAAGUAGUUUCCACCAUCGGGUAUAUUACGACUACUCAAAAUGACCUUGACUCCUUUGUCCUCCUUUCAUAAAUUCAAAGGGAGCGUCCUUGACUCGUUUUGUUCAGAAAGACUGAGAGAUACUGAACCCGGUGCUGUAGUCAAUCGUUCAUGGAGACGGGGGAUUCAGUACUGCUUCGACUACUUUGCUAACAUAAACAAGGCUGGCAAAGACAAUGCUCUCUGGCAAGGAUUUCCUUGCAUUCUCAAGGCACAUUUGCUUAGCUUCUUAUCCUUUUUCAUGUCAAUAGCCUGCGAACAUUUUAAUGUCAAAAGAUUUCAAGUUAACACUCAUCGAUUAUGGAAAUGCCAGGCGGAUCAAGUCUCCUGAAGGUCAAUUGGUUGACGCUGUUGGAGUGACAGAAUUCACAGGUGGGUACAGGGAGUAACCGUUAAAGUCCCCACAAGGAGCGACAAAAGUUGAACUAAAAUGAUCUUUCUUAGUCUUAACUGUCGACGUUAGUAGUAAGCUAAUCACACAUUACGGGUAACACCCGUAUUCUUCGCCCGCAAAACAGUCGUUUCCUUACAACUGCACAUGAGGCGCAGAAAGGUAUUGGAUACCAGAGCAAAAAAAAGAAAGAGUGGUGGGAGGGAGAAAAAAGAAAAGUAAACGUUUCCCUAAUCUCGUACCCAGAUCUCACUCUGUUUUACACUGAAAAGUGGCCGUGGGAGAUCUGGGUACGAGAUUAACGUUUCCCGUCUCCUAAUCCCUCUUGAUCUCGCUCCUUGCUCAGUUCUGCCUCUUGCUUUAUCACUCCAGUAAAACAUUGCUUCGCAUGCAGGCAGCUGUAUUGUCUUCACGCUUGCCAUUCGAUUCACAUUCGUUCCCAAGCUUUGCCAAGUCGCUCCUCUCUUAAAGAGCUACUGAUAAGGAGCGCCUUUUUUCCGCCAAGAAAUAAGGAAUUUCUCCUGAUACUGGAGUGAAAUACAAAAGACAGAGAGAGCAACACUUCAAACUAAGAUCAAGCGCCCCCACGCCAGUCUAACCUCGUGCUAAAUAAGCGUUAUUGCCCGAAUACUUUCCGUAUUACCACAUGUUCGGUCAAGUGAAUCCAGUAUCCCCAGUGAUAUAAAGAAAUAAUUAAUUAGUAGACGCGAGCAGCUGCUUUGUUCUUAUUGGCUGGAAUAUUCUAGCUUUGAGCGUCAUUGAUGUCUGGUCCGCUCUGUCCUGACCAACCACUAUUUAUUCCGAUAAUAAGUGACGUAAGUUCAGUCGUUCACCCUUUUUGCAAUUUACUCUUUUACACUUUUCUUUCAGCACCUGAGGUCCUCAACUUUGAGCUAACUCACUGGGGCGCGGAUAUGUGGAGCGUGGGGAUACUACUCUACAUACUGUAGGUUUUCAAUGAGCCCUUUCAAUUAAUAACCUUUAUAACUGAUAGCUAUUUCAAUUGGCCAUUCUCGAGUUUCAAUACGAGGCUAAAUACAAAACUUUUGUUGUGAAAAUGAGUUUUAUUUGCAUGAGAAUAAACAAUCAUUUGGCACAACUCAGAAAUGGCCUGCGUGAAUCGAUGUGAAAAUUCAAUCAGCUUGAGUCCAUGCAUUGAAGACUAUUACAUCACUUUCCUUUCAUCAAAGAUCUAAAAUUCCCUUUUAAAAGCCACAAAGUUUGGUGCAGUCAAAUGUCCUUAAAAUUAUAUCAUAAGCGUUCAUUUUAGCGUCGCUGUUAUGAUUACUGUAUGAUGAGAAGAGGUUUAAAAGUGAGCUUUUAGAAACGAGCCAGGGGCAAUACCUUAUAUGGGCAAGAUAGGUAUGUGCCGCUCAAUAGGGUAUGGUUUUGAGGGUUGCCAUCCUUAAAUGGGGUGUCAUUUUUGUCCUUGUAGGCUUUGUGUUAUAUCAGCUACAAUUCAAGUGCGUAAACUGGGCCUCUUUUUUCAGGUUUGGGCCUUAAGUAGGGUUUCAGUUUUCGUUUGUCUCAUCCUUAAACAGGGUCAGCGUUUGAGACCUUGGGCGCAUAACAGCUACAAGAAAUUAAUAAGAGCUACCCCCCCCCCCCCUCCCCGGCAGGGGAAACGAGCUAGGACAAAAUCAGACUAAGUUGUUUGUUAUCUACAAUCAGCGGAGAACACUGAAAAAUAAUAAUGAGAAUCUGUACUUAUUCUAUCCGCAGAUAGGGUGGCGGAAGUUGUUAUGGACAAGGAGCUUAACUUAAAGAAAUCCCCCAUCCGAGCUGCCAUGCCAAAUUAACCGAUAAAAAUAAUUUAUUGAUUAUAAGAUUGAUUGACUGACAUCUCCUCCUUGUUUGUAUCAACAGAUUGAGUGCAACAUUGCCUUUCACAGUGGAAGACGCUGAUGAUGACGAAGAUGUUGACGAAAAAGUUGCUGCAAAAGUCCGAGCUGCCAAUGUUGUCAUGCCAACCAAUUUAUUCCGUAAUACCACUGAGGAGGCCGAAAACCUGAUAAAAAAACUACUCGUUCGUCAGCCCGAGUAAGUCUCGAUAGUAUAUCCUUCACGACUAGCCUUUUUAACCACCAUGAAGAAGCCUCUUUGUGAUAACUAGGAGGCUGAAGGGAGAGAAAAAGAAAGCGCCCUAGUAACGUCCUCCUGCACGUCACCUCUGUUGAGGAGAGAGUUAAACUGAAGUAAGCUACACAAAUUCCAACUCAUGUGAUUUUGUGGGACGUGUUUCAGCAAAUGGAGGUUUGAAAAUACGUCACUAGUUUAAGCUUUAGUUUGGAGCGUGCAGGAGUCUCAUGCCACGUUUUAUACGUUUUAUACGUUGAUGGGCUCCUGACGUCGUCUUUUAAACGUCCGGCGAACUUCACAUGCGCGGAACCUAUUAAUAUUAUUAGUGUUAAGCUAUAAAGUACGUCGUUCAUUGUUCUGUUGUAACUAAUGUUGUGUCAAUUAUUUCAGAGCAAUUAGUUGGUAGCGCGAAGUCAACUUAGUGGUGGCGAGUUAGUUAGUUAGGUGGCGAGUCGACCAUUUGGUAGCAAGAUCGUCGGUAACGAGGUGACAAAAUUGAGCCAUGCGCCUAAAUUAGUCACAUAAAGAAAAACGUAGACAGCAGUAAACUUGCGGAAACAACACAUUUUCAAUGAAAAACUUGCUUGCCAUGAUAUACCCCAAAGAAAAUAACAGGAUCAUAAAUCCUAAAAUUCCUAUUUAUCUUUGAUUCAAUUUAAUCACUCAGGGAAUAUACUAUAAAUGUUCUCGGAAUUUAGGAAAGAAAUCCGUUUUUGGAUUCACGAGUCCGGUCCCUAUUCAGAUUUAAUUAAAGAAAUAAACUGUUAAUUACAUGAAGGCUAAGAAAUGAUAUAAUGUUGUUCAUUGUUUUUAUUUCUCAAUACAGAAGGCGACCAAAUGCUGCAACUUGCUUAGAUGAUCCUUGGCUUUCGGUAAGCUCACGGCUUAGAGUCUUCUGCAAAGACUCCAGUUCUGGGAACAACCAUCCGUAGCCUUUGAUCCAUUGACGUGUUCUCAUAUUUGUUCUAUGCCUUGAUUGUACUGAAAUUGAAGUUUCUUCCAAUGAAGCAACAGUUAUUUGUCAUAAAUUUUAAGUUUUCCUUCAUUUUUAACACGACUCUCCCAAAAAUUUCUAACAAUCGAACUAGGGGAAUGUAUGCGCAAAGAACAAAACAUUUCAGCUUGUUGUAAUUAAAUUGGUUUUUAUCGUUUUAAAUUUUCAGUGACCGUGACUUUUUUUUUUCUCAUGGUUUUCUUUUUAUUCUCUUUGGACAGCCCCUUCUUACUCAGAAAAGAAAGUCUUCAGAGAUACCGGCCUUUAAAUUCCAGGCCUUAAACGAAAAGCUGAAGAAAGCGGUAAGUCGUAAUUUCCUGCAUACAUUAUAAUGGGAUCUAUCCAGCAAACAAUCGCCCCAUACAUGGUAAUCCAACACAGUCUUGGAAUGUGGACUCCGGAUUCCAGGUAUUGGAAUCGGGAUUCCUUGUCAGUGGAACUUGGAUUCCGGAUUCCAACCGUAGUUAGCGGUAUUCCGGAUUGCAAAGCCCAGCCAGAUUCCACAAGCAAAAAUAUUUCCGGCAUUCUGGAAUCUGUAUUGCCUUACAUUGGACGAUAUGUUGUUUUUACUUAUCAGCACAAGUAAUGAUUUUAUAACUGGCCUACUUGGCAGACGUUUUGAGGAGAAUUAGCCCUGCCGCGAGAGCGCCCCGGAGAGCUUGCUAGUAGGCUAGACGAGAAUGGAAAAGGGAAACAUGAAUGGCUCACUACAGAGCGAGAAGGAAAUAAGGAGAAAGCGUUCCCACCCUCCUUCUUUGCGCGCCUCAAUUCUUGCUUGUCUCUAUCCCCUUCAAACGCUUACCAAGCAGGCUAAUUAUUUACACUGCAUCUAUUGAAAACCGAUAGGACUAAGCUGGUGGAGUCUAAUUAAUUCGGUGUGUCAUCAUAUAAAAUUGUGGGAGUCCUCACAUAAUACAAUAGCUAUUAUCUUAUUCUGCUCAAAAGGGGCCGAAUGAGAAAGGAUAGUACCCGACGGAAAAUUUUUCAAAAAUUCGGUAAUAAGGAUACACCUGGACAUAUUUCUACGUAUACCUCUCGCGAGGUUAACCUCUUCCUUCGGAAAAUGAAAACAAAACUGUUCCAUUCAUUAAAUGAAAUUUUUGGUCUAAUGAAGCGUUUUUUUUUAUGGAAACUCCCAUAGCUAGUCAUCUACCCGUCUCUUUUAACAGGAAGAAGACGAAAUGGUCAUUGCUUCUUGUGUUCUCCGUUCUUUUGAAGAAGAAACCUACGAAUCUCCUGAAGAGGAAGAAGAAUAAUUUGUCGUCUCCUUUUGUUUCUCUAACUAAUCUGUAGCGGCAAGGAAAGAUUAAAAAUGCAGAGCAGUCA